AUGUUUCUCCCAGUCUUAGCCGUAGUCGCGUUCGCCCUAAUCCCACGUUAUACAUAUGCACUCAUCCUUGAGACGCGUCAAACAACGGACCAAAUCACGACGGUAAAUCUAGCUGACAACACCGGUACUCCUAUGCAUCUGGCUUCAGGGUUUUUAUAUGGCAUUCCAGAUGCUCCGGAGCAGAUAUCCGAUUCGUUCUAUGAGAACAUGGGUUUCAACUAUGGACGGGGGAGUGGUGCCCAGCUUGCUGCGCCUGCACGGGGGUGGAUCUUUGGUUUGACAGAAUUCAAGAAUCGAUUCGAGUCCGCCGUAUCCAAUUAUGACACAGCGCGCAGGUAUAAUGCGAAAUUCAUUCUGUUGCUGAAUGAUCUAUGGGGAGCGGAUGGAACGCAGCCUGCAGGUUCAGUCUUCCCAGGAGAUGAUGGAGACUGGGAUAACUAUGAUAGUUUCAUCGUCAAUGUCAUCGCAGGGAUCAAUUCAAAUAGCAUGUUUACCGACUUGGCCGUUGAUAUUUGGAACGAGCCGGAUGCGGGAACGUUGUUUUGGAACGGAAACCAGGAGCAAUGGCUUACCAUGUGGAGCCGAGGUUAUGAGGCUUUCAGGGCUUCGCUUGGAACCACUGUUCAACUGUUUGGGCCAACACUCGCGGGCGCACCAGAAACAACCAACACAUGGUGGACUACAUUCCUCGCACAAAUCGCUAGCGACGGUACAGUUCCAGAUGCUUACGUCUGGCAUUUGGAAGGAAACGUGAAUGAUGACUUGCAGACCAACAUACCCAUCUUGGAUUCUAUGUUGAGCUCGCACGGCCUCGCAACGAAGCCUAUAGUCAUUGAUGAGUAUGGAGUCUUUGCAGAACAAUGCCCUGGAGGAUCUGCUUGGUGGAUUUCGCGUCUCGAACGAUAUAAUGUACCGGGAUUGCGUGGAAACUGGCUCAGUGGAACCGAGCUACACGACUUCUUCGCAAGUCUAUUAUGGAAGUCGGACCCCACUGAUGCUACGGCGACGGGAUAUUGGACAAAUGGAGACUACCAGGUUUAUCAGUACUAUAAUCAGAUGAUGACUGGUCACAGAGUCGCUACGACUGGCUCAAUCGAUAGACUGAUGGACUCCUACGCUACUGUAGGGACCGACAAAGUUCGCAUCCUUGUCGGGGGACGUCAAGUUACAGGUACUUGGCAAGUGACUGUCAACUCGCUUUCUUCUGUCGGUCUCCCAACAUCCGGAACUCUCGAUAUAACAACAUUCCAAUUUUCUUUCACGGGCAGUCAUACUGGUAACGUCGGCGCACCAACCAAUCUCGGGGUUGUAGGACAUACAUACACUGGCAAUGCAGUUUCUUUUCCAAUUUUUCAGACCGACACUACGACGACAUGGGCUUUCGAAUUUGCUGUAGCGUGA